UGGGGGCCGGAGGGAGCCUGGAAAUCGCAGGCCCUGAGGCCCUGUCUGGUCUGUGGGAACAGCUAGGCAGGCAGGGGUGUGGCAGCAGCAAGCGGCUGCGUGAAUGAGUUGGGAAGGAGGGCAGAGGGCAAGAGCCCAGCCGCAGAGAGCAGAGGCCGUGGAGACUGGGGAAAAUGUAAGUGACGGGUGUCGGAGCCCCACAACCCUUGGCUGGCCGCUCUUUCACCCCUUCGAUGAUGGACUGGCUGCCAGGCUCCUGGAAACAUGGCCUCUUCCUCCUGUCUCUCGCCUCGGCCCUCAUCUUCGUCUUUGUUUACCAUAACCAACUCGGGAUGGACAGACGUUUCCUGAAGGCAUCCCUGGUCAACGCUUCUGUCCUAGAGGAAGUCUGCCAGCAGAUCUUGGGGGGGAAGGUGUUCCCCCUGUCAGAGAAUGCCCUGCAGAUCCCCCCGGGCCCGGCCCCCUGCGAUGAGUAUCUGGCACACAGCCACUAUCUGACAGCAGCGCUCUCGGCCGAGGAGGCUGACUUUCCCCUGGCCUAUGUCAUGGUGGUCCAUAAGGACCUCAGCACCUUCGAGCGGCUCUUCAGGGCCAUCUACAUGCCCCAGAACGUCUAUUGCGUGCACGUGGACCAGAAGGCACCCCGCGACUUCCAGGCGGCCGUGGGCAGGCUGCUGAGCUGCUUCCCCAACGCCUUCCUGGCCUCCCGCACCGAGUCCGUGGUGUACGGGGGCAUCUCACGGUUGCAGGCCGACCUGCACUGCCUGCAGGACCUGGUGGCCUCGGGGGUGGCCUGGAAGUACGUGCUCAAUACCUGCGGCCAGGACUUCCCGCUGAAGACCAACCUGGAGAUCGUGCGCCACCUGAAGGGCUACCGGGGCCAGAACAUCACCCCCGGGGUGCUGCCACCUGCCCAUGCCGUGGGCCGGACCAAGUUCGUACACCGGGAGUUCCGUGGCAUGGGUAUAUCCUAUGUGAUCAAGACGGCCAAGCUGAAGCCUCCUCCGCCCCACAACCUCACCAUCUACUUCGGCUCGGCCUAUGUGGCCCUCACCCGAGAGUUUGCCAACUUUGUCCUGGGCGACCAGCGGGCCCUCGACCUGCUGCUCUGGUCCAAGGACACCUACAGCCCCGACGAGCACUUCUGGGUGACGCUCAACCGGAUCCCAGGUGUGCCCGGCGCCAUGCCCAACGCUUCCUGGGAGGGGAACCUGAGAGCCAUCAAGUGGAAUGACAUGGAGGACAAGCAUGGAGGCUGCCACGGCCACUACGUGAGAGGCAUCUGCAUCUACGGCCCAGGGGACCUGCGGUGGCUCCUGAACUCCCAGAGUCUGUUCGCCAACAAGUUCGAGCUGGCCACGUACCCCCCGACCCUCGAGUGCCUGGAACUGCGGCUCCGUGAGCGUGCCCUGAACCAGAGCGAGACCCCGCUGCAGCCCCAGUGGGCCUUCUGAGCCUCCGAGCCGCCAGCCCGGCAAUGGGGGCCGCAGGACGGUGCCAGUGUCCCCCACUCGGUGCGCUGGUCAC